CAUGCCUCCUAUUUCUGUAACGCAAAGCUCUUUAACAGACUUAGCACUGCUGUGCGAUUGUGUCUGGCUGAAAUAGUAGUGUGUCUCUUUUAUCACCGGGUUGACGUGCUCUGCGCAGGACUAGCCAGAGUUAAAAACAAAGCAGGACUUCAAACAAGCCUUCAAACAUGCUGGUUACAAUGCUUUCUGCUAUGUACAUGAUGGUGAGAGUAGCUGAACAGCUGGGUGUUCGGUGGGUCCGUCAGCAAGAACCUCUGCCCUACAUGGUCUCACAGCCUCUGCCAUGGCAGGUCCACUGUGUCUCCCAAAGCAGAAGAGGAAGCCGGACAGAAGAGGGCCAGAGAAGAAACAGCAUAGGAGUUUACAGAAAGAACUCAUCAUCUAGUAAUGGAUAUACUGCUUCAUCAAAGACUAAUGCAGACAAAGCAGCAUUUACAAUUCAGCACCAGUACAAGAAAUACCAGCAGAAAGACCACAAUUGAAAGGUCAAAGCUAAACCGCGUCCCUUAGCACUGCUCAAGAUCCAUCUGCGUCCAAAUUUAUGUACUUCCCUGCCAUAUAGCAUGCAAAUAGCAGUGUGUCAAGUGAGCACCUGUUUAGUUUAUUUUUUUUGUGAUGUAGUAUAGUACAGGUCAAGAACAUGACAGGUGCCAACAUGAUGUACAUGUUGCAUAUCCGGUGAUGUACAAUAUGUAUAGUACAGACCUGUACAUACACUCUCAGAAAAAAAACCCAGAUGUCGAUAUACUCCAGGGCGGAUCUGCACCGGAGUCCAUUGCUAUCUGGGAAGUACAAAAGUGUCUGGGGUGGUACCCUUUCAGAAAUACACCUUCAGGGUGCAUAUCAAUACCUCAAAGGUACAGGGACAAGGACUUUUUUCAAUGCACCAUCCCAGUUACAGCUUUUGUACUUUUCCUGACAGUGUAUAAAAGCAAAUGAUGAUGAUUUAAUCAGUAUACGUGAAGUUUUUCAAAUUUAGUGCAUACUCUGAAAGUGCAUAAAUUAGGACGCAGCCCUUAUAUUUACCUCUCUGAGCUUUAUUACCACAGCUUUUGUGAGCGUGCAAAUCUCGAUGCUAAAGAAUGACUUCUGUGAACAAUAAUGUCAAGUAUUCUGAUAUACAGAUUGUGGUCAUCUGCACAAACACUCACACGAUGAUAAACAUUUUAGAGCAUCUGCUGAUAACAAAAGUCACAUAGACUGAUAGACCAGAUGAUAAUGAAAUGGAGGAGGAUGUUAUGCACAGUGCACAUACAUGCUCAUGAACAUGCACACGCGUUUACUUAGCUAUAUCUAAAUAGAGACAUAUCAUAGGUGUCUGUUGUUUAUACUGUAUAUACAAUACAGUAAAGCUACGGUAGUUAUUAUCAGGGCUGGAACUGGGGGCACUACAGUUUCAGUGGAACUGAUGUAAGGUCCCAUAUAAAUAGUUGAAUUAAUUUUAAGUGUGACUAAACUAUUUUUUAAAAGUGGUCAAAAAAGCAGCCCUAUACAGUAAAGUCAGAUGGCUCUUAGUUAUGACCCUAAUAAUGAUUACUGUAGUCUUUAUAACCACAACCUUCAUUAAAACAGUUUUAAAUGUAAUAUUUUUAAUAUAUAUAAUGUAUAGGGUGUUUACUGUUGUAUUUCAUUUCUAGGGUCAGUUUUGUCCCCAAACAUUUAUAUUUUCAUGACGAUUUUAGCAUAAUUCAUAACAACUGUAACAAUGAAUAUACUCGUAAUGUAAUAUUUGUAUGUUGUUGUGGGAUAUAACUUGUAAAAUUACAGCUAAUGUAAAUGAAAUUUACUUUCAUAAUUGCCAUGGAAACGUCCAAUUUUGUUCAAUAAAGGUUUGGUUAAGCUCAG